GAAACAAACUUCUUUUAAUAUUCUCAAAACGGGCCUACAUAGGCCCAACUAGAAAACUUACAAUCGAAACCAGAAAGAAAUAUGGAAAGAGCCCAAAAAGCUAAUCUCUCUCUCCCUCUCCGGCCGCCGUUAACGAGGCGGCUCCUCCACGUUUCUGCCGCCAUUCUCACCUAAGAACCUUCAUUGAAAAACCCUACUAGAGAUGAAUAAAAGAAAAGUGUUAUUGGCAAUGCAUCUGCACAAAACUCAUUUCAAAUUCUACCGCAAAUUCUCUUCCAGCUCAACUCCACCCCCAAAUAUCCAAUCAUGCAUCGCAUUGCUUCAAUCAUGCGCACAGAAUCGAGAGCUUUCGAAGGGUAGAAAAGUCCAUUCGCGCAUGAUCGUCAGCGGCCAUCUUUCUUCCCCUGUCUCCGCCACUAGCCUCAUCCAUAUGUACUCCAAAUGCAGCUCUGUUUCCGAUGCUGUAUCCGUUUUCAAUUCGUCGAAAGACAUUCACAACGUAUUUGUGUAUAAUUCAAUUAUAGCUGGAUUGACUGUCAACAACUUGCCAUUUGAAGCUUUUGAAUUUUAUCACAAAAUGCGGUCUAUUGGUGUAGAGCCGGAUAAAUUCACUUUUCCUUGUGCUAUUAAGGCGUGUUUGGAUGUUUCGGAUUUGAGGAAUAUUCAUGGGCUGGUGCAUAAGUUUAAUUUGAAUUUUGAUUUAUUUAUAGGGAGCGCCUUGCUGCAUUGUUACUUAAAAUUUGAGCUGAUGGAUGAUGCAGUCCAACUGUUUGAGAGAUUGCCUGUGAGAGAUGAUAUUGUGCUUUGGAAUGCUAUGAUUAAUGGGUUUGUGCAAAUUGGUGAGUUUGGCAAGGGCUUGCUCAUUUUUAGGAGGAUGGUUGAUAUGGGGCUCAUGCCAAACAUGUUUACAGUUACUGGAGUGUUAUCGGCUUUGGCCUUCUCUGCUGAGGUCUACAAUGGCAGGGUGAUUCAUGCAUACGCGAUAAAGAUGGGGUGCGAUAUGGGAAUAGAGGUUUCGAAUGCACUCAUUGAUAUGUAUGGGAAAUGCAGGCAGCUUGAUGCUGCAUUGCUGGUUUUUGACAGUAUGAGUGAAAAGGAUAUGUAUUCGUGGAACACGAUCAUUAGUGUUCACGAACAAUGUGGGGAUCAUGACAGGACUUUGAGAUUCUUGAAGGUGAUGGCGAGUUCAGGGUUUCAGCCUGAUGUGGUGACUGUUACUGCUGCACUUCCUGCUUGCUCGCAUUUGUCAGCAUUGAUGCGUGGUAAGGAGAUACAUGGUUAUAUGAUUCGCAACGGGUUGCAUAAAUUGGGAAGUGUAAACAUUGCUAAUGCUAUCAUGGAUAUGUAUGCAAAAUGUGGUAGUUUGAGGGAAGCAAGAGUGGUUUUUGAUGAGACAAAAGGUAAGGAUGUUGCUUCAUGGAAUAUAAUGGUGAUGUGUUAUGGUAUGCACGGAUUUGGAGAGGAGGCGUUGAGUAUGUUUUCUCUCCUGUGUGAGGGUGGAUUGAGGCCCGAUGCAGUCUCCUUUGUUGGGGUAUUGACGGCCUGCAGCCACGCUGGCUUUUUAAGCCGAGGGCAAGAGAUUCUUGCAGAAAUGCAGCCAAGAUAUGGCGUCACACCUAAAAUUGAACACUAUGCUUGCGUGAUUGACAUGCUUGGUCGAGGUGGGAGGCUUGAGGAAGCAUUUGAGCUGAUGUCGCGUAUGCCAAUUGAGCCAAACCAAAUCAUGUUGAGAUCAUUCUUGGCUGCGUGUCAGCUCCAUGGCAACGCUGACCUGGCUGGGGUCGUGGCUGAGAGGGUUCUUGAACUCGAACCAAAUCACAGUGGGAACUAUGUGUUGAUGUCCAAUGUGUUUGGUGCAGCUGGGAGAUAUGCAGAGGUAGCGGAGUUGAGGCAUGUGAUGCGGCAGAAAGACGUGAAGAAAUCACCCGGUUGUAGCUGGAUUGAACUGAGUGAUGGUGUGCGCGUGUUCCUCAAUGGAGACUGCGGAGAAAUCUCUAUUUACAAUGGAUUAGAUACACUAACCGUGUGUUUGCGCGAGCAUGGAAGCGCGGUAGAAGCUGUGGAGAGCACUUGUUAGAAGUUGAUGUUUUGUGGUUUCAACAGAAUGUGUAUUUAUCUUUCACAUUGUUGUGAAGGAAAUGCUUUUGCAGGUGAGCACCAGUUUAAAGAAAAUUUAUAGGAUUGAUACAGCUAAAAUCUCUCUUUUACACCUACUUUUGUAGAUUGCAGUAUCAGCUCAAAACACUUGGGAGAUGCACUAAUUAUGAGGUUGAUGAGUGGGACCAACCCUCAAACGUGGAGUGUAGAGGUUCUGCUAAAGCAUGCGUAUGCAGCUUUCAGGGUUGUGCUCCUACGCCACAUGAAGACGAUGAAUCCCAAGAAACGGAUGAACACAGAGAAGUUCCCUCUAUUAAUGUUGAAAGGUCCCCCAAAGGAUAGUAUUGGGCCCACUAAAUUGAGCCAUUUCUAAAUAUUAGAGAGAACACCCUAUAUUGGUAAAGAGUGUAUAAUAUAUCCUAUAAGCCUCUGAUGAUUAGGGUGUAUAAUACACCUAUAAUCACCUUGUUUUGUAAAAAAGUAUAAUACGAAACACACAACCCUUUAUUAAGUACGUAAUACAAAUCUUUUUUUUUUUUUU